CGAAGAGUUGAUAAAAGGAUACGAAAGAUGCUUCGGGGGUGACUUGACAUUUAUGGUUGGUUUCACAGUGUCGUUCUCGGGUUCUAAAGUGGAAAGGCAAGAACAAAUGGCGACUUUACUCGAGAGGAAGAUCAAGAAGACGAAGGAAGAAACUUGGAAGCUAAAUUUCAAUGGAAAAGAUAUUCCUGUGUCAGAUCUGGCGCAGCCAGUUGUGGGAAUCAUCCAGUGGGCUGAUGACUACAUAUCCGGAGCUUUAAGCGCAAAUCCGUAUGCUUCUACGGCGUGGGCCGGAGUUAGCCUUUUACUUCCAUUGGCUUUGAAUCCCUCAAAGCAAGCAGCUUCAUUUGCCCAGGAUCUUGACUACCUUACCGAUGUCAUCGUACGAAGUAAGGCGAGAGAAGAUUUGUAUCAACAACAUCGAGAUUCGGAGCAGACGAAAGCGUAUGAAAGUUCAAACCGGCUUCCGGAUACACUGUAUCGAGACACCUUGAAGAAACUCUACGUCGAAAAUGGUGCCUUUCGUCUCGGGCUCGAUAUCGUCAAAUGGAACGAUUGGGACUCUGCAUUGGGCGAGGUUCGCAAGCGCGAAAAUAAUUUCAAAGCGGUAUAUAUGAUCUGGAAAGAUAAGAACUACCAGGACGACAGCGAAAGAGUCUUCCAACAACACCAAGAAGGUAUAGACAUCAUGUCCUUCAUUUCUCGGAAUACGUCUGGUUUGCGAAAUGCCAUUGAAGACGCGCAGAGGAAUACCGAACGAAUCAAUUUGCUCAGCUGGCUCUCUGACUUUGACCCCUCCACAAAUUACAACACGAAUCUUGACAAAACGAGAACUGGAACAGGUACGUGGCUUUUGAAUAACAACAUAAAGUUCGAAGAGUGGAAAACGCUGCCCAAUUCAUUCAUGUGGCUCAAUGGUAGAGCUGGGUCCGGAAAAUCUGUUUUGAGUGCAUCGAUUGUCAAGCACUUGAAAGACAUUUAUGGUUCGAACCCAAGCGUUGCUAUUGCGUUUUUCUACUUCAGCUUCAGCAACGCGAGAGCGCAAAAGGUGGAUGAGAUGCUUUGUUCUUUGAUCAAGCAAAUUUGUACCCAGCGUCCCAUAAUUCCGGAACCAGUUCAGUCUCUGAACAAAUAUCUUGCUAGAGGGCAGCGUCCCGACAGAAGAACCUUGGAGGAUGCUUUGACUGCUACAAUUCGAGGAUUUACAGCCGUCUAUAUUGUCCUCGACGCUCUAGAUGAGUGUCCUUCUACUGAAAAUGAGCGAGAUGUCCUGCUGCAAAGUAUCGAACGCAUACAUAAUACCGUAACCGAAAACUUGCACAUGCUUUGCACCAGUCGUCAACUGACUGAUAUCGAUGAAGUGCUGCAACCGAUGGCUUCUUCUACUUCAGCCUCUAAUGUCGAUCUUUGGCAGUACAAGGCUGCUGUCGACCACGACAUCGGCUUGCAUAUCGACAAGAGGUUUAGUGAAGCGCCAUUCAGAUCCUGGCCUGAGGACAUACAAUUGGAAGCGAGGACUGCGCUGAUAGAGAAGGCAGACGGCAUGUUUCAGUACGUUGCUUGCCAAUUCGAUAAUCUCAAAAACCAUCGGACGCCACCAAGGAUCCGAGCAGCACUGAAAGAUCUUCCGAAAGGCCUAGAUGACACGUACGACCGAAUGCUUAAGGGCAUAAAUCCAGAAUAUCGAGCACAAGUUGCCAGCGCUUUGAAAUGGCUCGCACACUCCCUGAGACCACUCUCGCUAGAAGAGCUUGCGGAACUUUUUUUUGUAGAUCACGAACAAGAUGUACCAUUCAACGAGUCCGACAGAUUUACCAAUACUGAAGACGUCCUCAAUUAUCUUCCUGGACUAGUCACCAAGACAAAGAUCCCCGCGGUAGGAGCGAUGAUGAUAACAGAGAUCCGAUUAGUCCACUUUAGUUGCAAAGAAUAUCUCUUAUCAAAACGCAUGACGCAACUAUAUUUUGCAACACCAGAGGAGGCUUCUCACUUGCAUAUACUUAGCGAGGACAUGCUUGCUACCCAUUCAUCACUCCGUUCGCCAUGGGAGCUGUGGAAAUACGCGGCGCGAUAUGGGCCGCUUCACUUGGAAAAGAUUCCCCUCGGAUCGUAG